UGUCAUUUUGAGUCUUAGUAAUAAACAAAGAAACAUUUCUCUGUAACGAGGCCAAACAAAGAAAAAGGGAAAAAAAAAAAAGAAACAAAAUGAGGGAAUGCAUUUCAAUCCACAUUGGUCAGGCUGGCAUUCAAGUUGGCAAUGCCUGCUGGGAACUCUAUUGUCUUGAACAUGGCAUUCGGCCUGAUGGACAAAUGCCAGGUGAUAAGACAGUUGGGGGAGAACAUGAUGCCUUCAACACCUUUUUCAGCGAAACAGGGGCAGGGAAGCAUGUCCCUCGAGCUGUUUUUGUUGAUCUUGAGCCAGCUGUCCUUGAUGAGGUGCGAACUGGUGAUUAUAGGCAGCUCUUCCACCCUGAACAACUUAUUAGUGGCAAAGAAGAUGCUGCUAACAACUUCGCUCGUGGCCAUUAUACCAUUGGGAAAGAAAUAGUGGAUCUCUGCCUGGACCGCAUUAGGAAGCUAGCUGACAACUGCACAGGAUUACAAGGAUUCUUAGUUUUUCAUGCUGUUGGUGGUGGAACUGGCUCUGGCCUUGGUUCAUUACUGUUGGAGAGGCUUUCAGUUGACUAUGGCAAGAAAUCAAAGCUUGGGUUCACAAUUUAUCCCUCUCCCCAGGUCUCAACAGCUGUUGUUGAGCCUUACAACAGCGUUCUUUCCACUCACUCGCUCCUUGAGCACACAGAUGUUUCAGUGCUUUUGGACAAUGAAGCCAUUUAUGAUAUUUGUCGUAGAUCACUGGAUAUUGAGAGGCCUACAUACACCAAUCUGAACAGGUUGGUUUCACAGGUGAUCUCCUCCUUGACAGCAUCUCUUCGCUUUGAUGGUGCUCUUAACGUGGAUGUUACUGAAUUCCAAACGAACUUGGUGCCAUACCCACGUAUCCAUUUCAUGCUUUCCUCCUAUGCACCUGUUAUUUCUGCAGAAAAGGCAUACCAUGAGCAACUAUCAGUUGCAGAGAUAACAAACAGUGCAUUUGAGCCUGCUUCCAUGAUGGCCAAAUGUGAUCCUCGACAUGGAAAGUACAUGGCUUGCUGUUUGAUGUAUCGUGGUGAUGUGGUUCCAAAGGAUGUCAAUGCAGCUGUUGCUACUAUCAAAACAAAGAGAACCAUCCAAUUCGUGGACUGGUGUCCGACUGGAUUCAAGUGUGGAAUCAACUACCAAGCUCCCUCAGUUGUUCCUGGUGGAGACUUGGCCAAGGUGCAGAGGGCAGUUUGUAUGAUCUCAAACUCUACUACUGUAGCAGAAGUGUUUUCAAGAAUUGACCACAAGUUCGAUCUCAUGUAUGCUAAGCGUGCCUUCGUGCACUGGUAUGUUGGUGAGGGAAUGGAAGAAGGCGAGUUUUCUGAGGCUCGCGAAGACUUGGCUGCUUUGGAGAAGGACUAUGAAGAAGUUGGUGCAGAGGAUAUUGACGGUGAAGAUGAUGAUGAGGGCGACGAAUAUUAGACUUGGCUCCACUGACUUCACCAAUCGUGACUCGCAGGCAAUGGGAAAUUAGACUAUCUGUUAGAAAAGUUUAGGGACUAUUUUAGUACUAGACAUUGUAGUUCUAAUAAUUUUAGCAAUGAUGCACUUAUUCAGUCUGGUAGUAUGUUACUCUAAGUUUAUAUGUUCAAGUUAGUGUUGGGACUACUUCAGUAUUGGACAUUGGAGUUUUAGUAAUUUUAGCAAUUGUGAACUAAUUUAGUCAGAGGUA